UCCCAGUCACAGCUUAGGGAGGACACAGCUUUGCGCCUUUUCUCCGGUAAUGUUUACGCAUCAUCCCCCACCAAUCGGCCAGGGCAACAACAACGGCACAAAUCAAAUGCCAGACAAAUAAUGCAAAAAAAACAAAACAUAGAACUCAAAUCCAAAAAUGGGAUACAGACACAGAGAGUACCUCAGCCAAAUAGUGAUGGUAUGCAACCGGAAAUUUUGACUGAGAGAGGGGGUGGGGAAAGCAAUGCCGCCGAACAGCGGAGAAGGAAACCCAAAUUUUCGGCUAUGUGCUCUUCAUAUGCAAGAUGGGAGGGAGGGAGUUAUUCGCAUUUGCUGCUGCAUCCUGCCACCAAAAGAUAAAGUGAAUAAAGAAGGAAAACGAAAUGUCAAGUACAUUCUAGGUAUGUCUGUGUGUGAGUAUAAGUUCGCCUCUGCCGUGUGUACAUAAAUCGAAAAGGCUGCAAAGAAGCAUAUUGAUGGGAGGAUGUCAGUGCAGAAAAAACAAUCGGCGGUACCACAACAAAUAGGACACAUACCAGCAUAACGCACCCCACUCACACACAUCGGCACACACACACACUCUCUGCACAGCGUACUUUAAAGCCCAAGUGCACCAAACCCAAUAGACAGAUAUCAAAUUCACGGGAUACAAAACUGAUGAGCCAGAACUUCUAAGAUACCGAGAGGAGACGUAAAGUGGAAAUUUUAAAGAAUAAGUCCAAGGAAAAUUUAUUUCAUCAAAUACCUAAUAGUGGAGGUUGAGCGAAAGAAAAAGUGAAGGAAAAAAAGUGAAAUUGUAGACAAAAUAUUGAAGUAAACCUACAGAGGAUAAUAAAAAGCAACAAACUGGAAAAAUCCGAUAAAAUGCGAAGCCGUACCGAAAUGGUAACGACAACCUUUGUCGAUUCGGAAGAGGAUUACAGCGAUGACGAUGACUCCGAGGAGGAUUGGCGUCCAUCGGCCUCGAAUAAAAAUGGCAAGAAACAAAAACAACAAAAAUCAGCAGGUGGCGGAUCGAAAAAGGGGAGAAAACGUAAAGGUGGUCCAGCCGGAGCUGGGGCAAAUGCCAAAAAUGCUACAAAACGUAAAACCGCCAACUAUGCCGAAAGUGAUGACGAAGAAGAAGAAGAUGAUGAAGAUCUUAGUGAAGAUGAUUAUGAUUAUGACGAUGCAGAACCAACGCCGGCAGCAGCAGCAACAACAGCUUCCGCAACCAAAUCCAAACCAGCCACAAGUUUACCGCCCAAAAAACAAUUUUCCGAAAAGAAUAACAGUUCUUCGUCGGGUAAUGGUACGGGCAAUAGCAGUGAAGAGGAUGCGAUUAAAUUGCUGGUCUACAUCAAGGAUUUGGCGGGAGAUUAUGGGAAGAAUAAUCGCUUGUGUUUGUGGCGCAAGGAUGGUAAUAAUUUGUUGCAAAAAUAUAUUCGGGUUAAGACAACGCCGGAAGAGUUUUUGUUCACCUCAAGUUCUGUGUAUUCCAGUUUCGAUGACAAGCGUAUUACGGAUUUCUAUGAGAUCAAAGUCAAGUCCCUGGAUUCCAGUAAUCGGCGUGUCAAAAUUUCCAAUACUUCAGAUUUAAAGAAAAUCCUCGCAGAAGCUGGCAAAAAGAAACGAGAACAAGCCAAAUUGAUGGCCGAUGAUGAGGAAGAUGAUGGCGAUCUCAGUGAUGAUGAUAUCAGUGAAUCGGAAUUGGAAAAAAGUGAAAAGGCCAGUGAAAAUAAGGAAAAUAUGAAGAAAAAGCAUUUGAAAAUGAAACUAAUGCAAAAACGCAAAAAGCCUGCUGCCGAGGAUGAUGAUGAGGACGACGACGACGACGAUGAGGAAGAGGUUGAAGAAGAAAAUGACGAAGAGGAGGAUGAGGGUGAUUUGGAGGACGAUGACGACGAUGAUCCAGAGGAGGAUAUUGAGGAAGACGACGAUGGUGAUGAUGAUUAAGUGUAGGGUAAGAAAAUAGAUUAGGACGGAGCUAGCGAGAAGUUACCCAAAAAGAAAAGAGUGAUUCAAUCAAAAUAAUUUUAAAAUCAACGAAAAACAAUUUAAAAUUAUAGGGAGAUAGAAUUGAAGGGCAAAGUUUUGAGUGUGGAGAAAAUUUGAAAAAAAAAAAACGGAGAGUAGAGAGAAAAUCAUGGUAGACUUUUAAAGAAAUAAAAUCCAUUUUUUUUUUGAUUGAAAGGGCUCACAAAUCUGGGUAUUUUGGCAACAGAAGAGAUAACUCACAUGGUAUGGAUGAGAACAAACCUUUUGUCCAUUGGUGUGAAGCUAGACAAAUGUCCAUAUAAUCCAGUUGUUGACAUCUCAAUAAAGGCAACAUUUAAAGAGUUUGCUCUAAGUAUUUGUACCCUACACCGCAUGGUGGUAAGGGUAUUAUAUACUUGUCCAUUUGUUUGUAACAGGGAGAAGGAAGCGAUAUAGACCCAUAGUUACCCAUAAGAUAUGCAUAGAAUCAUUUUCUAAGUCGAUUUAUGCAUGUCAGUCCGUCCGACAGUUCGUCCAUGUAUUCUUGUGAAAAAAUGCAGGUCGCAUUUAUUAUCCGAUUGAGAUGAAAUUUAGCAAACAAUAUUUGUUUGGCCCAAGGUCGAUCCUUAUUGCAAUACGUGAGAAAAAUUGGUUCUGAUAUAGCUAGCUAUAGCUUCAAUAUACCUGUUUCAUCCGAUUUGGGUUUUAAGUCCCUCAUAUUCAUAAUAUACAUUCGACAACAAUGAUAUUUGGUACCACGUAUCUCAUAGAGCUCGGAAAUACCUCUAGCAAAUUCUACAAAGAUUGGAUCAGAUUUGGAUAUAACUUUCAUAUAUAUCUUCCGAUUUCGAGUUAAUUGUGCGCCAAAUGGCCAAUACCAGUCCAAAUACCUGAAUUUUGGCACAUACGACCGAAUUCAGUCUAGAAGCAAGUACAUCAAAUCGGGGGAAAAUCGGUUCUGAUAUAGCUAUAGCUCCCAUAUAUCUGUUUCAUCCGAUUUGGGUUUUAAGUCCCUCAUAUUCAUAAUACAGAUUCGUCAACAAUGAUAUUUGGUACCAGAUAUCUUGUCGAGCUCGGAAAAAAUGUUGCCAAAUUUUAUCGAGAACGACUAAAAUUUGGAUAUAGCUCCCAUAUAUAUCCUUAAUCCGAUUUCAGGUUUAUUGUGUAAAUAAUGACUAAUAUCAGCCAAAAUGGAGAGAAUUUCGAGAAGUACGACAGAUUUGGAUAUAGCUGUCACAUAUAUCUUCCGACCGAAUUCAGUCUAGAAGCAAGAACAUCAAUCUGGGAAAAAUUGGUUCUGAUAUAGCUAGCUAUAGCUUCCAUAUAUCUGUUUCAUCCGAAUUGGGUUUUAAGUCCCUCAUAUUCAUAAUACACAUCCGACAACAAUGAUAUUUGGUACAAGAUAUCUUAUAGAGCUCCGAAAUAAUUUUGCCAAAUUUUAUCGAGAACGACUAAGAUCUGGAUAUAGCUCCCAUACAUAUCCUUAAUCCGAUUUUAGGGUUAUUGUGCAAAUAAUGGCUAAUAUCAGCCAAAAUAAAGUAAAUUUCGGGACGUACAUUUCCAUUUUGUGGAACUCGGCUCCGAUAUAUAUAUAUUUUUAUACCCUCCACCAUAGUAUGGAGGGUAUAUUAAGUUUGUCAUUCCGUUUGUAACACCUCGAAACAUACAUUUUUUUGUGGAGUCUCAAGUAAAUAUAUUCUUGAUCAGCAUAAAAUUCUAUGUCUAUUUAGCAAUGUCCGUCCGUCUGUGGAAAUCACUCUAGCUUCCGAACGAAAUGAUGUAGGUUGAUAAAAUUUUACACAAAUGUCUGCAGGACUUUUGGUAUUGAAAAUGGGCCAUGUAGGUCCACGUAUUCGUAUAGCCCCCAUAUAACGGUACCUCCCGAUAUUCGGUAUUUGAUGAUUUUAGCGACAAUAUCUACCGGAAUUGUUUCGAAAUUGUUAUUUAAAGUUCGUAAUAGAUACUACGGCUUAAGACAGAAAAUGGACCAUGUAGGUCCACGUCUUCGUAUAGCCCCCAUAUAACGGUACCUCCCGAUAUUCGGUAUUUUGAUGAUUUUAGCGACGUUAUUCUGCGGAAUUGUUUCAAUUUUUGUAUUUGAAGUUCGUAAUGGAUACUACAGCCUAUAACAGAAAAUUGUCUGUCCGGGUCCACGUCUUCGUAUAGCCCCCAUAUAACGGAAACCUCGAUAUUCGGUAUUUUGAUGAUUUUAGCGACAUUAUUUACCGGAUUUAUUUCACAUUUUGUAUUUGAAGUUCGUAGUGGGUACUACAGCCUAUUCUAGAAAAUUGUAUGUGCAGGGACACGUUUUAUAACCCCCAUGGUACCUCCCUAUAUUCGGUAUUUUAAUGAUUUUAGCUACAUUAUAAACAGAUUUUUUUCUGCUCUAUUUCUGCUCUAAAGCCAAAUGUUGAUGGUGGUAUGAUCAACUUCAAAUAAAUUAUUUUGUUACUGGAGCUCUACUGAAUAUGUAUAGUGGUAUAGGGUAUCAUAUAGUCGGCCCCACCCGACUUUUGACUUUUCCUUACUGGUUUUAUACUGAUUUUUAAGGAUUCUUUACAUGAUCUCUUUUUCUCUUGUUUUCUCCCAAUCAAGCUUUGUCCAAAUAUAAAUAAAAAAUAUGAUGAGUUUAUCCAA